AUGGCCGACACAGCGGAGCCCAUCGCCCCGUCGACACCCUCUCCGGGCCGGACCUCGUCAAGAAUUCGAACACCCCCGGCACCCCAACACGGCUACUCAGAUUCCUACGAGCCCUAUUCCCCACGAAAAUCUUCCCGCAUCGCACAGCGGUCCACGAACCGCACCCCAUCACCACCGGCGACUCGUCAUCGCCACUCUUCUUCUUCAUCGCAACACCACGACAAUUCGACCACAUCGCCCAAGUCGACCAAGAAGCGCUUCAUUUCUUCCAUGGCGACUCCGGCGAUUUCGCCUCAGAAGAGGCGCAUGCCGCCCGUCGACGGAUCGCGCAAGGCUUCGGGCACCCUCACUGCCGAAGCUACCGCCCACGCGGCCGUCGCCCUCGGUCUGUCGCCUGCGACCGCUUCCGAGGCGCAUUCUACUGAUCGCGCGAGCACUACCUCGGGCGCCGGCAUGCUAAUUACCCCGGCCAAAACCCCGAAGCGCCCCGCGAAUGCGAAUGUCAAGGCCAAGGUGAAGUCGGUGGCCAGAAAUCUGUUCCACAGCGACGAGGAGGACGCCGCAGCCGGUCCCAGCAAGACGAAGACGCGCGCCGAUGCCACCGAAGGCCCCGGCAGCUUCUACAGCGGCGCUGCCGCCGAGACCUCGUUCCAAAUUUUCACCGAUUCCCACGAGCGCAUCCCCGAGGUCGACCGCAGCGCCAACAACCCGUUCUACGUCGGAGAGGACCACGUCGCCCCCGAGGCCCCCAAGCGCCGCAGCAAGCGUGCCAUGGUAUCUAUCCCCGGCGAGGGUAAGGUCUCGAUCGAGGAGGCCGUUCGUCGCGAUGACGGCAUGUUGAUUGUCUUCCGUGGCAAGAAACAGUUCCGCAAGUUUUCCGACAUGGAGGAGGGUCCAGCCCACAACGGCAUGGACGAGGGCGAGGGUGGCCUGGAGAGCGCUGUCGAGUCUCCGACCAAGCGCCACUUUACUCGCUCCUCCAUCAAACCCCGCCUUUUGUUCCCUACUGCCCACUCCGACGAGUCCCAGGAUCUCGACGAGGAGGAGGCGGUGACCGACAUCGAGGACCACGUGCUCGCCGGUCUCGAAGCGGGCAAGGAUGAGGUCCGAACCCCCACCGAGCUGAUCUUCGACGAGCCUGGCACGCCCAACGCCCCGCGAUUCGCCCCGGCCUCACCGCCGACCACGACCCGCACGACUCGGUUCACCAGCAAGAAGGCCGCCGAGCCGGUGUCCAAGGGAAAACAGUCCGCUGCUAAGCGCAGCCCGUUUGACGCUUGGCGCCGUGUUAAGGCCCCCGCCGAGACUACCUCCGGUCACAAGCGCUCUGGCGACGAGCUCCCCGCGGCCGCUCCCAAGCGUUCCCGUGCUUGA